AUGCAAGCAUUUAAUGUUCAAUUCAUGGAUGAUAAAUUUAACCACGCAAUCAAGAACCAGAAGUUAUUUAGUAAAGUAUUAAGCUGUUCCAAGAGUUGUUCAGGAGCUUUUCAAACUGAAGAGAGCGAGAGGAAAAUGUUGAGAAUUAUAGCAAGUUUUUGUCUCUCUCCAUAUUCUCAGUUUCUUCAAAUACCAAAGACUUUUUGUAAAAAUGUUGCAAACGGAAAAUAUUUCAGUGAAUAUCUAUGUUUCGUCAACGAAAGAUAUCUUUAA